AUGACGGCAAGGAGAAGGGAACGAGGGAUGAGGCGCAUGAGGCAGGCGGCAAACAAGGGGGCCAGCGCGGCCAUCGCAACCGUGAGGGGACGUGAAGCGCGGGGGGCCGCCUCCGCCCGGUGUGGGGGGGGAAGAGAGGGAAGGCACGAAGGGGAGAGGACGAGAGGCGGGAAAAGACGGUGGGAAGUAGGUCCGAAGUGCGGAAAGAGCCGAGGGCAAGGCGGCAGGCGAGGAGGAAGGGUGGGGAAAGAGGAAGGCGAGCGGGAAAGGAGCAAGAGCAAGAGGGAGGGCACAAGAAAAGAGCAGGCCAAGACAGGCAUAGAAAGACAAGGGGAGAGUGGGGAGAGGGAGAAUGAGCGGAGGAGGAGGGCAGACGAGCGGGGAGGACAGCACAAGGGGAGAAGCGAGGGGAGAACACGGGGAGGAGAGAGAAAGCAAAAGAAGGGAAGGCGGAGGGAGACAGGGAGAGACCCAGCCGAGAGGGAAGAAGCCGUGGACAAGCAAAGCAAAGGGGCACAGGGAGGAGGCCCACCGCGAAGCAAGGGGAGAGAGAAGAACAGGGAGAGGGCGGCCAGAAGAGAGAAGGGAACGGGAGAGCGAGGCCAGGAGACAAGGGGAACAGGAGAGCGAGCGCAAGAGAGGAAAGGGAACAGGAGAGAGAGGGGGCCAGGGAGACAAGGGGGAACAGGAGAGAGAGGCCAGGAGACAAGGAGGGAUAGGGCAGGACGGCAGCAAAGGAGCGAGACAGCAGGAGAGAAGGAGCAGAAACAGGAGUGGGAAGCGCGGGGGGCAGAAGCGGAGAGACAGAAGGAGAGCGGGGGAAGACGCAAGCAAGAAGCAGCAGAGAAAGAGGGGAGCAACGGGGCACAGCAGAAGCAAGAAGGCAACAAAAGGCAGGCCAGAGAAAGGCAAAGGGGGAGGGCGACCCAUGGCCAAAGAAAAGGGGGCAGAGAAAGGGAGCAACGGCCAAGAGGGCGAAAGCGGCGGACAGACGGCGAAAGGAGGGGGGCCAGACCAAGUGGGGCAAAAGUGAGGAGGCAACGACAAGGCAAAAGGGACGAGCGAGAGCGAAAGGGAGCAACGGGCAAAGAGCGGUGCAGCGCCAGAAAGGGCCCAAGCAGACGGGAACAAGCACGAGGGCACACGGGAAGACGCGGAAAAAGCAAAGAGAAAAGCAAGCAAGAGGCAAAAAGCAGCCCAAUGAAGCAGACAGAGAGGAGCGAGACACGAGCGAAAGGCAAGGCGGAGGGAGAGAAAAAGCGGGAGGGCAGGGGAAAGCGGCGACGGAGGGGAGAAAAGGGGGAGAGGAACGAGGGAGAGGGAAAAACCCAGGGGGAGGGGAGCGGGGGCGGAGCACGCGGGGGAACGGGCAGAGGAACAAGGGGAGCGGGGGAAAACCCGGGGAGAGCGGAGCGGGGGCGGAGGGCGCGGGGGGGAGGAGGACAGCGGGGGCGAAGGACGCGGGAAGGCGGGAGGAACAAGAGGAGCGGGCGAAAAACCGGGGGGGAGGGGAGCGGGGGCGAAGCACGCGGAGAAGGGGCGGGGGCACGGAGGCACGAGGGGAGCGGGGGGAGCGAAGAAGAGGGAAGGGCCGCCGGGAAGGGAAAGGAGAAGAGGGGACGAGGAGGAGGACACCACCGCGGAACCACGAGAAAGCGCGCGCGCGAGGACGGACGGCGCAGAGAGAGGGCGGGCAGGCCGAGAGGAGCGGGGAACGAACCCGGGACGGGGAGGGCGGAGCGGGAGCGGGCGGGGGGGGAGAGGGCCCGCGGGGGCAGGCAAGGGAAAGGGGAGAGACAGCAGCCGACAGCGAGAGCAAGGGGGCGAACGGGAGGCAGGGAGAAAAGCGCGCGGGAGCACGACACAAGGGAAAGCAGAACACGGGCCGGGACAAGGCCGCGGGGCACACGCGAAGGGGGAGACGGGGGAGGCGGGGACGGAGAGGGGAAGGGACCAAAGGGGGGGGGCAGAAGAAGGGGGAAAAAGGGAGAGAAGGCGAGGCACCCCCCCCCCCCGCGAGACGGCGCGCCACCCGGGCGGGACCAACAAGGGGGAGCAGAGCGGGGGCGAGGGGAGGCAGGCGGGACGGCGAGAGCAGAGCGCGAAAACGGCAAGAGGAAGAGAGAGAGGGGGCGGGCGCAAAAGGGGCGGGCGCACGGGAGAAAGGGGAGGAGGGGAAAAGACGGAGGCAGGGGCACGGAGCGGCGGGAAAGGAGGAAAGGGGGAAGGCAGCACAAAGGGGCCGAGCCAAAGGAGGGAAGCGAAGACCGCGACCCACGAGAGCCAAAGGCGCCACGAGAGAGGCCAAAGCCAAAAAGGGAGGGGACAAAGGAAGAGAGAGGACGAAAGAACGGGGACAAGAGGGCCAAGGACAGGGGGGGCAAAACCGGCGAGGACACCAGAGGCCCAAAGAGGCGAAAGGGCACCACGGCAAAAGAAAGAGGGGAGACGCGCAGAGGAGCGGGGAAGGCGACGAACAAGAAAAAGACAACAAGCGAACCAGCGCCAGGAAAAGGGGCGAAGAGGGCAAAAGGCGACCGAACGAAAGCAGCACCGACAGGGAAGCGCGAGGGAGCAAAAGCGGGGAGAAAGCACGGAGCGGGGAAAGACCAGGACCCAGAAGGAAAGAGCGCGCAAAGGGGGACGCGGACGACCGACAAAGGGGGAGAGGAAGGGGACCGCAAGGCGCGAGCAGAGAGAGCGAAGGACAGGAGCGACGGAGAAACGCGGGAGGGAGCGAAAGGCGGAGGAGGGCGAGAGGAAGACACGAAAGGAAGAAGAACGGGAGGAACGAACAGCCGCAGGAGGGCGAACAACCGGCCGACAGCAAGGGCAGGCGGAAAGAAGGAGGGGAGCGGACGAACAAGGGCCGGAGGGGGAGGAAAGGCAAGAAGGGCAGGCGAAAGAACAAAGGAGCACCACAAGGAAAGGCGGGGCGAGAGAAGAGAAGAGCAAGAAGGGAACGGGCGAAGAGAACACAAAGGGGGGGACAAGGGGAGAAAGCCGGGACAGGGGAGGGCCGAAGGGCCACAGCCCAAGGGGAACAAAAAGGCGAAGACGGCGAACGCGCCACAGGGGAGGACAAGGCGAAAGAGAAGAAAGGCAAAAAGGACAAACGGAAGGCACGAAGAAGCGAGCCGGGAGAAGCAAGGGAAGCCGAAGAAGCAGCGAGGGACGAGAGGGAGGCAGCACAAGAAGAGACGGCGCGACGAGGGCGAAGGGGCAAAACAGCCGAACAGGAGGAAGGCGAGAGGGCGCGGGAAACCGACGAAGAGGGAGCGGCGAGGGCGGGAGGCCGGGAGGGCCGGGGACACCGCGGGCGAGACGCAAAAAGCGGGGCAAAGGCGGAGGGAAGAGGGGCAAAAAGGCAGGGCCACGCAGACGCAAAGCAAAGAGCGCAAGAAGACGGGAAGGCGGGAAAAGGAAGAAAGGGCACAAAAAGGGCAAAAGGCGCGAAAGGAAAGGAGGAAGGGGAAAGCCGAAAAGGGGCGACGGCAAGAAGAGGGCAAAGCGAGAGAGGGGAGAGAACAGAACCGGCGGGAAGGAAGCGCAGCAGGGACGCAGGCAGCCAAAAGAAGGGAGAAAAGGGGAAACAGGCAAAAACCCGCGGGAGAGAAAGCCGGACGAGGCGACGAGCCAGCAGGGGCGAAAACCCCGCAAAAGGGGACGAAGGCGACGACGACGGGAAGGAAGAAAGGGCCAGGGGGAAAAGGGGGGAAAAGGCAACAGAGCACAAGGAGACAAGGAGGGGGAAACAAAAGGAAGGCCCAGAAAAGGGGGCAAGGCCGAAGCAACACAAGGAGAGCAGGGCAAGACAACAAAAGGGGAAAAGGCCAAAAAGGGGAGCGCAAAGGAGAACCAACGAGGCGAGGGCAAGAAAACCGCAGAGGAAGAGGGGAAGAAGGCCGAGAAGGGGGGCGGGGAGAGGAGAGCCCGCAGAAGAAGAGGGGGCGCGGGAAAGCAAACCAGGGACCAAGGCCAGAGGGGCGCGAGGGCAGAGAAGCAAGCAACGAGCAGCGGCCCAACCCGCACCGAAGCAGGAGGCGAAAGGGCGGGAGGAGGAGAAAGGGGGAAGGGGGACAAAGCACCGACGCGGGGAGCAGGGGGAGCGAGGGGGAGGGGGAGGCCAAAAAGGACGAACACAAAAGGACCCAAACAAGGAGGGGGACCGAAAAGAAAGGAAGCGGGGGGCAGGAAGGGGGGAGGCGAGAGCGGGGGCGCGCGACAGAGGACCGGCAAGAAAGCGAGGCGAGGGGAGGGCAAAAGGAGCGAAGGACCAAAAGGAGGGGCGGGGGAAACGAGCGAGAGGGAAGGACAAAAGGAACCGGCGCAAGGGGGAAAAAGGGGCGACGAAGGGAGGACGGAGCGGAGGGCGAAGGAGGAAAAGGGAACGGGGGAGGACAAGGCAAGGGGGCGACAAAGGAGAGCGCGGAGAAGGCGACAAAGGCAAAGGGCAAGGCAAAGACGAAGCCACGAAAGAAGGCGGACGAGCCGGAGCAAGAAAGAAAAACAGGGAGGGGGAGAGGGGAGGACAACAAAAGAGGCGGGAGGCGGGAGGGCAAAGAAGGCGAAGGAAGCGAGGGGGGAAGGGCACAGAAGGCGAAAGCAGGGAAGGGCAAAACCAGCAACAAGCGGGCCAAAAAGAAGGAGGCGAAGGACGACCCAACAGGGGGGCAAGAAAGAGCAAAGAGGGGACGCAGGCCAGAAAGGGAAAACAAAGCAAAGCAGCAGGCAAAGCCAAAGCGCAAGAGGCAACAGCAAGACCCGGAAGGCGACGGCACAGGGAGGGAGGGGGGCCAGGAGACCCAGGAAGGAGAAGGGGGAAGAAAGAGACGGGGGGGGGGGGAGGAGGGGCGAGGGACACAGGGACAAGAGGCAGCAAGAAAAAGGAGGAAGGCGGAAGCAAAGGGGCCAGAGCGAGGAAAGCGACGACAAGGCGAAAAAGAGAGGAAGAGGGCAACAAGGCGAACGAGCGAGGAACAGAGGGCGGGAACGAGGAGGCAAGCGACGGCAAGGCACAAGGAAGGGACAGCAAGAGCGGCCGCACGAACGCCGCAACAAAAGGGGGAGCGGAAAGAAGAAAGCGAACACGCAAAGGAAGCCGCACGAGGCAGGAGAGCAGCCGCCGACGACCAAAGAGAGGGGGGGCAGAAGCAAGCAAGACGGCGGGCGAGACGCAAAAGCGAAGGCGAAGCCACAAGGCGGAGAACAAAACACCAGAGGAAGGAGGGAAAGGGAGAAAACCCAAGCGCACCGAGGGCAGACAGGGGGGGGGAAAGGGGGGGACGGGGGAAGGGAAAGGCCAAGGAAAGACGGGGGACGAACGGGCAAACGAAGGAACAGGCGGGGAGAGGCAGCCACCAGCAAGGCGGAGAGAAGAGGCAACAAAGCAACCAGGGGGGGAGAAGAAGCGAGGCACGGGGGGGGGAGGAAAAGCACGACAAAAAGGGCAAAGAGAGGGAAGGGAAGCGGGAGGCAAGGAGGGCGAACGAGAGGGGGGAAGAGAAGGGGGGCAGGAAGGAGAAGAAGCAAGGGAGAGGGGGACGCACCAAAGGGAGGCAAGAGCCAAGGGAGACCCGAAAGAGCACGCACACCGACAACCGAAAGGGCACCCAGAAGGCAAGAAGAAGGAACGCCAGGAGAGGAACCCGAAGAGGCACCCGGCAACAAGGCACAACAAGGGAAGCACAACAAGGAGGCCAACAAGAAGGAAACGCGGAGAAGCCAACAAGGGGCCAACCAAAGCGAAAAGGGCGAAGAAGGCACACACAGGACGGAGGCAGGGGAAAGCCAAGGGACGGGAGGAAAGACGCGAGCAGCGACGAGGAACCAACAACAAGAGGCAAGGGGCGCAGGCGGGCGAGCACAACGGGAGCCAAAGGAAAGGGACGAAGCAGGAGCCGAGCCAAGGGGGAGAGAGGCCAGGCAAGAGGAAGGAGAGCAAGGCAAGCGCAACGACGGAGGGAAACGGGGGCCAAGACCAACGCACCAAAAGGGAAGGGCACCAAAGGGGCGGGAGGAACAAAGCAAACGAAGAGGGCGGCAGGGGAGGAAGAAAGCAAGAGGAGGGCGAAAGGGGGAGGCACAAGAAGAAGGCAGGGAGGGGGAGGAGACAGGCGCCCCGGGCGCACGACGCGAAGCAAGCCGGAGAGGCCGAGCAGACGCAGCGCACAAGAAGGGCAGCGGAGAGCAAAGGGACGGAAAGAGCGCAGGGCGGAAGGGCGGACGGGAAGAAGAAGGGGACGGCGAACAACCACCCGGGGGGAGGGAAAAGACGGGGGGAGCAAGGCGACAAAGGAAAGAAGGCAGGGGAGGGGGGAAAACAAGCGCCGCGAGCGGGGGACGACACCGGGGCAAGGGGCGGAAGGAGGGGGGAGGCACCAAAGGGCGAGGCGAGAAAACCCGCGGGAGAAGGCAAGAAAAGAAGCACAGGGAGGAGGACAAAGGGAGGGGGAGGAGAGGAGCGGGGAAGGACGGAGAAAGCGGGAGGGGAGAAAGGGCGAAGCGCAGGCAGAACAGGGGCGAGAGGAGGAGGAGGGGAGAAGGAAAGGACGGGGGGGACGGCAAGGCAAGCAACGGGAAGAAGGAAGGGGCAGAAAGCAAGCCAAGGACACAAGAGAGCGGAGCAAGAAGGGGGCAGAGAGGGAAAAGCCGCAGGCAAAAGGCCCAGGAGGACAGCGCAAAAAGGGGAGAAAGAGGAGGAAGGAAAAGACGGCGAGCAAACGAGGGAGCGAGGGAGGAGGGGAGCGGGACGAGACGGAACCGCAAGCAGACCAGACAGAGCCGACGCGGGGGCGGAGGGGCAAGAGGCCAAGCAAAGCCCAAAGAAAGGCAGCGGAGGGCAACCAAGAAGAGAAGGCGAGAGCGCAAAGGAACAAGCAAGGGGGGAGGAGGGGAGCCCAAAGAAGGAGAGGGGACACGAACGGGGGAGGCAGAGGCAGAGGGGGCAGGGGGGAAAAGAGACCGAAAAAGGACCGCAGGGACAGGCCAGGGCGGAGGGGGAAGAGGGGGCGCGGGGGGCAGCAAGAAACAAAACGCCAGAGCGACGAGCACGGCCGAGGCCGAAGAGAGGGCAGCGGGGAGGGGGGGGCACAAAGGGGGGGAGGAAGCAACAAGGGGGGAGGAGGGAGGAAAGGCGAAAAGGGGAGGAGGGGAGGGGAGAAGACGAGCGCAAGGGCAAGAACCCAAAAGCCGGGGCGCCACGCGCGAACCAAACACAGCGACGAGCCGACAGCACGGCAGACGAGACCACGGCGAGAAGAAAGAGGGGAAGAGCGAGCAGGGGCCCACAGAAAAGCAAAGGGCCGACAGGCGCACAAAACCGGGGGGGAAGCGCGGGGGGCAACGCGAAGGCACGAAAGGGGAAGGAGCGAAAGGAGCGAAGGAGGCGAAACGGGGAAAGGCGAAAAAGGGGGGGAGAAAACGGGGGAAGCGGGCAGGGGCAGGAAAGGGCAGGAAAGGGGGACCGAGGGGGCAACGGGAGGGAAGGGAAGGAAGGGGGACAAGGGAGGGGGGGACAGGGGAGGAAGGGAGCGGACGAACGGAGGGACGGAGGAGAAGGGGGAGGGGGGGAAGGGCGAAAAGGGAGAGGAAAGGGAGGGGAAGGCAGCAGGAGAGGGGGAGAGGAGAGAGACGGAGGGGGAAGGGAGGGAGAAGCGAGGCGAAAAGGGAAGAACAGGGCAGGCAAAGGGAGGGGCAGGGCGGAGUGGGCAGCAGCGGGAGGGGAAGGGGCACCGGCGGAAGGCAAGCGGAGGGGAGGCGGGGGAAAAGGAAAGGCGAGCGAGCAGCAAGGGGGAGCGGAGCGGGGAAAGGAGGGGAGGGGCGAGCAAGGGGAAGGCGCAGAGGGAGCAGAGGGCGAAAGGAAAGGGGAGCAGGAAAAGAGGGAGGGCGGAACAAGGGGGGGGCGAAGAAAGGGGGGCGCAGGAACAGCGACAGGGCGGGCAGCGAAGGAAAGCGGAAGGGGGCGCCGAGGGACCCACAAAGGGAGGAGGAAAAGCGGAGGGGGCAAAGGAAAGCAGGAAAGGGCGAAGGGCGCCGCAAGGGGCGACAAGCGCGGGCGACCACGAAAGGGCAAGAGGGAAGGGGGCGAAGGCAGAGGGGCCGCCAAGAGACAAAGAGAAGAAAGAAGAGCAGCGCGGCGGCCGCCCGCGCGCACCGCCGCGCAGGCAAGAAGAAGAAGCAAACGGGAAAAGCGCGCAAG